UAAUGCCAGUAACAGGUACCUUGCGGUUAUACCAACAUGGUGGUCAUGAGAGCAAUAGCGCUACUCUGGGUAGCAUCAAGCCUAGUUGUCACGGCGAUAGCAUUGUUAGACGCGUGUCCCAAGCCGUGUGCCUGCUUCAGUAAGGACGGGACGAAGUACGUGAACUGCAGCCGGGCAGACCUGACGUCCGUCCCCGCCGGGAUCCCGGCUGACGUGCAGCAACUCCUGCUCUCCGGGAACGGCAUCGCCAAUCUGUCCAAAAUGGACUUCGCUGGGCUGAAAUCAGUCGUCAGUAUCGACCUGAGCUCCAACCAGCUGACUAACGACGCGAUUCUACCCGGGACAUUCGACGAUCUGCCCUUCCUCGGAGUUCUGAACCUGGCGGCGAACGAAAACUUUACCGACUUCCCGAAGAACCUGCCUACCCGACUUUACACUCUGUACUUUGGCUAUAACAGGGUUACCCGAGUCACCGAGGACAGCUUCAGAAACCUGCCCCAACUCGUGUACGUGGACUUUGAGAACAACCAAGUCGAGAGCAUCGCUCCUGGGAGCUUUGAGAACCAGCACCACCUCACCGGCCUGAGCAUCGGGUUCAACCAGAUUACCGAGCUGCCUGAUGGCGUCUUCAAAACCACCAAGCUGCAGUACCUCGGGCUGAGGUUUAACCAGCUGGCCCGCGUGCCUGCGGAUCUGCCCGCCACUCUCACAGACCUGGACCUGGUCGGCAACAAGAUCAAGGAGAUCCCGUCCAGAAUCUUCUCCAACCUGACAGAACUCCAGACGCUCCAAGUCUGGCAGGAGAAGACUCUCACGACGAUCGGCGACAACGCCUUCGAAGGUUUGGGGAAACUGCAGAUUCUGGACGCGGAUUUCUGCAGUAUUGACCGCAUGACGAACGCCACGCUAAGCGGACUGAGUGGCAUGUGGGAACUGUACAUGGGCAGCAGUCAGAUCCCCUACAUCCCACCGGGAGCCUUCCACGAUAUCAAGAACAUCACAACACUCUGGCUGGACGGCAAUCAGCUGACCACGCUCGACCCCACACUUUUAGACACAAAGGCUCUGCCCCGACUGUCCGAAGUGUUUAUCUGGGACAAUCCGUGGACGUGCGACUGUCAUCUACGCUGGCUGAAGGAACACAUCGACAACAACAACACCUCGCCAACCAUCGACUCUCCACACAUCAUGGUGUGCAACGCACCGCCCAAGCUCAAGGGCCGGGCAUUUGACACCCUCAGCCCGAAGGACUUCGUUUGCGGGAACCAGGACUCUGAACCGAGUACGAAGUCCAGCGCACUUGGACCUGGCAUAGUUGAGGUAGUUAGAGACGAGAGAAUGCGCAUGCCGUUCACAGGGGCGGGGAAAAGUCUCCGGGUCGCCAGAGUUUGGAGAGAUGAGAACACGUCCAUCUGCACGCCGGCUGUUAUUGAUGAUUAUUCUAUCCUGUGCAUGACUGGUGUUGUGCUGUUAUUUCUGUGGGUGGGGUUCUCCAUGGGUAGGGCUAUGGACAAAAGACAACGAGCAUUUGCUGAAGCCCCGGGCAAAAUGUGCUUCUGAAUAUUCUAAAAUCAACAUCAGUAUAUUCCCCAGUCAUUUUCAUAGCCAUUGUGUCACACUAUAAGUUGUUGUUUCUGUGCAUGGCCAUAAGAUAGAAAAUGUUAUUGCAUACUUAGUAGCUUACAACGUAUACUGGUCAGGGUUUUCCGCAGUCCGGGCUGGACAGGGUUUUCCGAAAACCCUACACGGGUUGGCAAAGCGGAAAUCUGCCUUUUCGUGCAGUGCUUUGACCUAGCUCACAAGAGGCUUUGAUAAGUUCGUACAGAGUUUUGAAGUUCAUAAGAAAAGACCUAACCUUUGUCCAACACGGAGGAAUGGUUCACACUUGACUUAAAUUGUGCUCAUUUUCAGUACGCCUUAGAUAGUUUCAGUUACCGCAAAGUCAAGCUCACCCCAGUAGUCCCGUCGCUGGUAGCUGCUGCAAUA